AUGAGUCAAAGGCCGUCGAGUCAACUCUCGGAAAUCGACAAUGAUCAAAAGUGGGGACUGACAGAACAACCACCACAUGAAGACAUUCUACCAUCAACCCCCUCUCCAGUCGCAGAGGAAGCAGCUGCAGUUUGUGAAUCUAAUCAUGGCGAUGAUAAUAGAGAUUUAGAGCGCCGGCUGGUGAGGAAGAUUGAUCUGCGAUUAUGCACGAUUGCGGGGAUGCUUUGCAGUUUGAAUUUGUUGGAUAGUGGGAUUAUUUCGAGUGCGAGUGUGACGACGAUUUUUGAGGACUUGGGGCUUGGGGUAGGGAAUAGAUAUUCGGUAGCUAUCCUGGUAUAUACAGUUGCGAGCGUCGCAUUUCAGUUACCUGCUACGAUUGCAGUGCGGAUUUUUGGGCCCAGACUGGUGUUCUCGAUCAUUACUGUGGGGUUUGGAUUGGUCACUAUGUGUACGGCGUUCAUCACCAACUGGCAGCAAAUGGUGGGGUUGAGAGUGCUGUUGGGUAUAAUGCAAAGUUCUAUAUUUCCCGGACUCAGCUACCUGAUCAGCACUUGGUAUACCCGGAAAGAACAGCAACUACGCUUUGCCUUCUUGCAAUCCGGCGAGGUAAUUAUCCUUGGUCUUGGGGGAUUCCUGAAUUUCGGGUUGAACCACCUUAAUGGUCGGGGCGGACUUAAAGGUUGGCAAUGGAUGUUCCUUGUGCAAGGUCUUAUUGCUAUUGUUAUCGGUUUCAUCACCUACCUCUGGAUCGUCGACUUCCCAGAAAACUCCCAUAAGAGCUUCCGCUUCCUCUCCGCUGAAGAACAAGCCUUUGCAGAAAACCGAAUCACAGAAGACAGAGAUGACGUGCAAGCCGAUCCAUUCUCCUGGCGGGAAUGUCUCAUACAUUUUCUUGAUCCGAAACUCUACUUGUUCGCCAUGCUGUUCUUCUGCUUGAAUCUGGUAUCCACGUCGUUGUCGUAUUUCCUACCGAUUAUCCUGCAAGCGGGGAUGGGAUUUUCCACGGACAAGGCGAUUCUUCUCUCUGCUCCGCCGUACUUUUACGCUGUUAUUCCAGUCAUUAUAUCAUCCAUUGUCGGCGAUCGAUAUCAGCUGAGAGGCUUGGUAAUUACUUUCAACUGCCUCUGCACGAUUGCUGGGUUUGGUAUGCUGGGCUUCUCUGAGCAAGUCACGGUCCGGUAUGUGGGAACAUAUCUUGCCACUGGGGCCUAUAUUAGCAAUUGGGCCGCAAUGACCGCAUAUCAAACAUCAAACAUUGCUACGCAAUGGAAGCGCGUGACAUUUUCUGGGACCAUCGUAGCUUGCAAUGGACUUGGCGGAAUAGCGGGAAGCUUUAUUGUGAGACAGCAAGAGGCGCCUAGAUCGACUGGGCACGCUAGCCGAAGUUUAGACGGACCGGUGGCUGGCGCACCAAGACCCAGGCCCUUCACCCUCUCACACGUCUCUCCUCGCUCGACGCUCACUCAUCACUCAGUCUGGUGGACCAGCCAAGCUGAUAUUACCUCAGUAUUGUCGCAGAUCACCACUACCACAACGCCCGCCACAGCCACGACAGCUUCGACUUUGCGCAGUAUCCUUAAGCCAGCGCCAGCCUUUGUGCUCUUGUUGCUUCCGCCUUUCCACAAACGAGGAGAGGCUGUGGUGCUACGAACUGAAAGGGCGAAGAUGGGUUUCCUCGGGAUCUACAAGGCUAUCUACGACUAUACGCCCCAAGGAGAGUCGGAGCUCACGAUCGCUGAGGGGGAUAUAUUGUAUGUGCUAGAGAAGAGCGGAGAGGAUGAUUGGUGGCGCGCGAAGAAGAGGGCGACGGGCGAGGAUGAGGACGAACCAGAGGGAUUGAUUCCUAAUAAUUACAUUCAAGAGGCCGAACCUAUAAGCCACGCCCGCGCGCUAUACGACUACACCAGACAGACAGACGAGGAGCUCUCAUUCUCUGAAGAUGCCCAGCUGGAAGUGUUUGAUACAUCGGAUCCAGAUUGGAUAUUGGUUGGGCUUGAUGGGGAGUAUGGAUUUGCGCCGGCGAACUAUAUCGAAGUGCAAGACGAAAAGGAACAGGAGAAAGUGCUAGUUGCACAACCCCGCCCUCCAAUCCUUCCAAGACGGCCGGCUCAGGCUGAAGCUGAGGAUGAACCGGAGACGCCAGAAUCGCCUAUUAGUCCAGUUCAAAGCCCAGCCGCUGCUCUAGCAAACGUCCUUACUCAGAGAAAGUUAUCUGCCCCGGCAGCUAGACCAACACCACCUCAGUAUACCCCUGAGGCUUCAGACGAGGAUGAACCACCGACUCCAACACUGCCUGCCAGACCUGUCUCUCAGGCGAGAGUUCCUGAUCGCAUCGAUGUUCAGGCUGCAAGAUCGGCACCACACCAUGGCGUGUCGGCAUCUCCACCAUACAACAGAGCUACCCAUCGAGGCAUCGAUGAGGAGGUUGCACAACCCUCCCCCCAGGGCUUCCACAUGUAUAAUAUCAACGAGAUGGUGUCGGUCAUGGGCAAGCGCAAGAAAAUGCCAACCACUUUGGGAAUCAAUAUGGGAACUGGUGUAAUACUGAUAGCCCCUGAAAAGACUCGGGAUGGGCCGGAGCAGAAGUGGACGGCAGAGAAGAUGCAGCAUUACUCAUUAGAAGGCAAACAUGUCUUCCUUGAGUUGGUCCGACCAAGCAAGAGCGUAGAUUUUCACGCAGGCGCGAAAGAUACAGCAGAAGAGAUAGUCAGCGCCCUUGGAGAGCUUGCAGGUGCUGUUAGGGCUGGAGGAUUACAGGAUGAAAUAAUGGCCGGCUCUGGUCAAGCCCAAAAGAAAGGACAAAUUCUUUAUGACUUUAUGGCGCAAGGAGACGACGAAGUUACGGUCGCAGUUGGUGAUGAAGUCAUUAUAAUUGACGACACGAGGAGUGAAGAAUGGUGGCAAGUACGGCGCCUUAAGACAGGGAAGGAGGGAGUUGUUCCGAGCAGUUAUAUUGAGAUUACUGGAACCAUCAGUGUCCCUAGUAUGAGUGGCCUCAAUGCUGGCCGGUCGGGCGUCGACCAGAACCGAUUUGAGGAGGAGCGUCUCGCGAAAGAAUCUCUGAAAGCAGCUCGGAGAGAGGAGGAUUCGCGAGGGUCAGAGGUAGGCCCUGGCAUGCGUUUACCCGAAAGGGGCAGUAGUUUGUCGGCGAUUGACAAUACUCCACAACAGAGAAGUAGACGAGAAAGUGGCCGAAAUGAUAGCAGCGCAUCCCGCUCUUCAAAAUCUAAACCCGAUCCCACAAAAGUCCGAACCUGGACCGACCGGUCGAAAUCCUUCAGCGUCGACGCUCAAUUCUUGGCUUUGAAAGAUGGCAAAAUCAAUCUACACAAAAUGAAUGGUGUCAAGAUUGCUGUUCCAGUUGUCAAGAUGUCUGUUGAAGACUUGGAAUAUGUCGAGCGGAUCACAGGAGUAUCGCUAGACGAGGACAAACCAUUAUCAGAUAUCAAAAAACAACGAUCAAGACAGCAGGCUGACUCUCGUAGUUCAGGCUCUCAACAUGUGGGCGCUACCAUCGAACGUUCGCAGAAGCCCGAGUACGAUUGGUUCCAAUUCUUCCUCUCAUGCGAUGUUAACGUGGGGCUUUGCGAGAGGUAUGCCCAAGCUUUCCAAAAGGAUUCCAUGGACGAGAGCGUCUUGCCUGAUAUCGAUGCUACCAUACUCCGAACCCUUGGUUUACGUGAGGGUGAUAUAAUAAAGGUGAUGAAGGCGCUCGACAAGAAGUUCGCUCGUUCCGGAGGAAAGAGGGGUGUUAGCUUUGGAGGUGAGGAAGUUAUCGGCGCUGAUGGCGAUGGCGGUGGGCUCUUCUCUGGCCCUGGUGGUACUUUGAGGAAUAAUACUCGCAAAGGGCGCCCUGCGCCUGCGGUUCAGACCCCCUCUUCUGUGGAUCCAAACGCCUUUUCUCAGGAUGCUAAAGAUAAGGACAAACCCACCCAUGAAGGUGUCGCUACCCCGAUCGCCUCUGCGCCUAUACCCGCUCAGAAGGAUGUAGCUAGAAGCGGAUUCGACGAUGAUGCUUGGGAUGUAAAGCCAUCGAAGCAACAACCCCAGCCACCUUCGAGUCAAUCAGUUAGCCAACCUUCUCAAGCUCCGACAGUCUCAGCACCUGCUCAGGUGCCCGCAUUAACUAGUUCUAUGCAGGAAAUUUCUCUCCUGUCUCAGCCAUUAGAGCCUACAAAAGCUCAACCUCUUCCUCAAGUCACUCAAGCACCGGCACCGCAACCUCAACCCCAAGCCCAAGGACCACCACCAGUCACACCAUCGGUUUUCGCCGGUAUUGGAAACCAGCAGACAGGACUUCCACAACAACAGACUGGCGCUAAUAUGCAAUUCAACCCUCAGAUGCCUUUACAGCAGGGCAUAGCUCGUCCUCCUCCUGGGCAAUUCCAGCCGCAAACUCAGGGCGGACUCAUGAUUCCCGCUCCCCCAAGUCGACCAUUGUCAGCACCCCAGGUAAACCAGCAGAGCGCAUUCUCAAUACCUCCACUCCAAGCCCAGACCACCGGAAUGCAAACUUCUGCAGGCUUCCAAUCUCAAAUAGCUCCACCUGGCCAGAGUUUGAACGAUUUAAGGAUGAUGACUGGUUACAACGGCCAGCAAAAUAUGCCACAGAACAACAUGGGCAUGAUGAACCAGCCACAAAAUUUUAACCAGUUCAACAACCCCCAAGUACCUAAUGGGUUCCAAUACCCAAUGCAGACGGGCAUGCCCCAGCAAAACUUCAUGAACAAUGGAGCAGGACCAUUUGCUGAUCCACGGCCCCAGCAAUUCUCUCCAGCCCAGCAGCAGCCAACUGGAUUUCAAAGCUCAUUUGGGCAACCUCAGCAACAAUUCCCACAACCUACUGGAGUCAAUUCCUUCUUACCUCCCCCAUUGCAACCCACACCCACAGGUAUGCAACAGCAGAACGGAUUCCAAUCUUCUUUUAGCCCGCCGCCGGUUCCCCCAAUACCCCAACAAAACACUGCUAUGCCUUUGGUCCCUCAAAAGACGGGACCUCCUCCACCUGUCAGGUUCGGGGUUUCGGGCGAUACCAAGAAGCUUAUGCCUCAAGCUACAGGGCGUAGAGCAAACUUGGCACACGCUACUCCCCAAAACCCAUUUGGUUUUUAG